AUGCUACAAGCCGGUAUUGAAGCUCUUUUUGGUCGAAAUCGUGAUGGUCAUAGAACAAGACGUAUAUUUCAUUUUCGUCGUCGUCAUCAUAAUCAUGAUUCUAAUCAUAAAAAUGAACACGAUGAAUUAGCUAAAUUCUUUUUGGAUAAGCCGAAUGUAGAAAAAGUAUUAAUUCAUGAUUCCACAUUUGCUUUUGGUUCAAUGCAAGGAUGGCGAUCAACUAUGGAAGAUCGACAUAAACAUUUAAUACCAUUGGAUAAACAUUCAUGGAAAUCCUGGUCAUAUUUUGCCAUUUUUGAUGGUCAUAAUGGUGUUGAUACAGCAAAAACUGCAUCGGAACAACUUGAUAUUCAUUUAUUAAAUACACUUUAUCACAUGUCUGAUAAGAAACAUAAAAGUGAACAAUCAUCUGAUGAAUCUCGUGGUUCAUCACAACUUGAUCUUGAUCAUAUACAUGAUGCUAUUAAACAAACAUAUUUUGAAUUAGAUAAAUAUUUAAGAAAAGUACUUAAAGAUGAGAGUGGUUGUGUAUGUAUAACAUGUCUUAUUAGUCCCGAGAAAAUAUAUUUAAUUAAUAUUGGUGAUUCUCGUGCUAUUAUUAUUUCUAAUGAUGGUCAUGUUUUAGCACAUACAGAAGAUCAUAAACCCGAGGAUCCCGCUGAACAAGAACGUAUUCAUGAAGCUGGUGGUAAAAUAUCUAAAUCAUGUAUUGGUGGUGUUUUACGUGUAGAAAAUCAAUUAGCUAUGACUCGUGUAUUAGGAGAUUUUGCUAUGGAUAAACAUAUUGUUCCACCUAUGGCAGAUAUUGUUGAAUAUUCAAGAAAUUCUCUAGCAUCAUUUAUUGUUCUUGCAUGUGAUGGAAUUUGGGAUGUGAUGACAAAUGAAGAUGUUGCUUUAUUCAUUAUACAUCGAGCAUCAACAUAUAAAUUAGAAGAUAUUGCAUCGCAAUUAUUAGAAGAAUGUUUACGUAGACGAAGUACAGAUAAUAUGAGUGUAUAUAUCGUUAAAGUUUAA